AUGGAGCUGAAAACCCUCUUUGAGAAGGAUAUACGAAUUGUGCAGGAUCUUUUUGCCCUUCCUGUCUUGCUUCAUGUCGAUGAUCGUAUGGUCAAUUAUGACCACCUCAUCCCGGGUCAACACUCUUGGUCGGUACUCUCGGUCGGUUUGUCCUACUCACUGUCUUUGGCGCUGGUGUGGAUGCAGCCAGUGCUCAACUCGCUGAAGGACUGUUCAUGGCUAUGUUUGGUAAUUUUCAGUGGCACGGAAGGCAUGCCAGAGCAGUAA